AUGGAUCAAAUCAUAGAAGGCAAUGGUCAGAGUGGUGCACAGCCAGUGAAUCAUUCAUCGGACACAAGUGACCUACGAGUUGGUGGACUGGUUCAUCAUUUGGCUCAUCAAUGGUUAACACUAGAAGUGACUGACGAAGGCAUGUCUGCAAUGCCUUCGAUGGCCACCGAUUGUGGACAACAUUACCUCCAUUUUGGGGAAUUCGGUGACAAUGGCAUCCAAUUUGUCUCUAAAGUUCUGUUGAGUGAACUUCACUUUUCGCAUAUAGAAGGACCUGAUCCGCGAUAUCUUGUAGUGCUUGUGGACAACAGUCGGCGUCUUCCUCUGCGUCUUCGACAACACGAUAUCAAUGAAGUCUUUGGUGGUCGGAACCACUGUAAUGCUCUUGAAGUUAUAUCUCGAGCCCAUAUACGAAUCGACAAAAUGACCGCAAAUUGCAUUCAGAAAGCGAUGAAAACGUGGUUUGAUUUCAGGUUCAGUGAGUGCAGCGGAAAGACAACACCUUUUCAAAACUCGUUUCAAGGGUUGUGUUCACUGAAUAUGUAUUUUGUUUUAUUCCUAUUCUUCAUUCUCUAUCUCUUCUCGUUCAGUGAUUCCGCCACUAAUUCUGUUGCAAAAAAUCCUGAAAACAAUUCAAAGUUAUUGAUUAUAUUAGUCGAUGGCUUUCGUUGGGAUUAUGUGGCGCGCGAUAAGACACUGAAAGGCUUUCCCAAAAUAGCACAAAACGGUGUGUCCGCCAAAUAUGUGAAACCGAUAUUUCCCGAGAAUUCAUACCCCAAUUGGUAUUCAAUAACGACGGGAAGGUAUGCCGAGAAUCACGGAUUCAUUCAGAACUAUAUGUACGACAACGUGACCCACGAGUUAUUCCUCAUGAGUCCCAAUUCAUACCCCAAUUGGUAUUCAAUAACGACGGGAAGGUAUGCCGAGAAUCACGGAUUCAUUCAGAACUAUAUGUACGACAACGUGACCCACGAGUUAUUCCUCAUGAGUCCCGCCCCCAACUGCUCUCAACCCCAUUGGUGGACACAAAGCGAACCCCUUUGGAUAACUGCCGAGAAAAAUAACAUUAAGACAGCGAUGUAUGUGUGGGACGGGUGUCAAGUGACCAUCGAUGGCGUCAAUGUCACCCAUUGUACCCCCUAUUACUUUACUAGUGAUGACGUAACCAAAGCCAGUAAUAUUACCCGUAAUUAUGGACAACAGAUUUACCUACUGAAGCGGCGACUAUUUAUGUCUGAGCGUAACGAAAUGGUGCUUAAACAACUAGUGUGCCCAUACGGUCAUGGAUUUGGACCCAACUCUGAAAACAUCACUCAAGCGGUUCGAGCCAUUGAUGAAGUUCUCAAUGAAUUAUUCGAUUCAAUAGUAGAGAGAAAGUUAGACAAAGAGGUGAAUGUAGUGAUUGUUUCAGACCAUGGAAUGACUCAAAUCGAUGACUUCAAACAAAUUGAAUUGAAAGAUGUCAUAGACUUCAAAAAUUCUGUACAAUUAUAUCUUGGAAGCGGUUCCGGGGCUCAGAUUGUGCCCAAACCCGGCAAAGAGGAAGAGAUUUAUAAAAACUUAAAUCAAGUGAAAGGAAUAACUGUAUAUAAAAAGGAUGACAUUCCGGAGAAAUUUCAUUAUAAACACAAUUCAUUAGUUUUGCCACUUCUGGUUACAGUUGAUGCUGGAUAUACUAUUGCUGCGCCGAGACUGGAAGGAGUGGUAUAUUAUGGAGACUCAGGGAAGAAACCUCAGGGAGGAAACCAUGGCUAUAGUGUCGAGACUUCGCCUGACAUCCGGGCCAUAAUGUAUGGCUUCGGACCGGCUCUCAAGAAGAACUACACCUCGGAUUGGAUAUCAAUGGUUGAUCACUACAACUUGUUUUGUCAUAUACUCGGCAUUAAUCCCAUUCCCAAUAACGGAACCGACGCUAAAGCCAAAGCAAUGUUAGUGAGUAGUAGUGGAAAUAGGGCUCACUAUUCAGUCCUUUUAUUCAGUAUUCUUGUCACUUGUGUUUUAAAAGAAAUCCAUCCAUUCUUUGCGGAUCUGAUAAAUGUCUUGUACGACAGAGACCACUAUAAGCUGGCUUUGGGUCAACUCAAUACUUGCAAACACAUCGUCGACAAUCACUGUUAUGACACUCCUGUCCCUCUGCCCGUCCAUAGCAUAGCCCGCGAUUACGUGCGUCUCCUGAAGUACGGCGACUCACUCUACCGGUGCAAACAGCUGAAGAGAGCGGCGUUGGGACGCAUGGCUACCAUAAUGAAGCGCCAGAACCAGAACCUGCAAUAUCUGGAACAA